AAUAACGUUUACCACUCACGCCGCGGAAUCUAUGAGGAGUCGAAACUUUAGUCAGGUAUUGCCUCAUUAAUUCGACCCGAAAAAGCUCAAUUCAAGCCGCAAUCGCUCGAAAUCAUCGCACUUGAGGAUAUACCCGCGGCUGGAUCGACUGAAUGAAAUCAUGAGGAAUAAAAAAACACGAAGACUGUUGCGAGCUUAACUAACGUGACUAUCGAUCCUAGCUUUUGAAAACGCCGAGCCAGGUACUUAGGCGCAGACUCUUUUUUUUUUUUUUUUUUUUGUUUGUUUUUUUACUCGAGUGUACCUGUGCUUACGUGGCACUUCUUUUAUUUUUUUAUCGGGAGAUUAGUUUAAAAAUAAAGAUUUUUAGGUGUUUUGUCCACUUUUUUUUUUAUCGUGGCAAUACGAUGUAUUUUCAGAGGUUUAGUAACUUGCGUGGCUGGGACUAGUUUACUUGCGCUGGGCAGCCAAUCAGCGUGAAACCGGAGUAACACUUACUAUUUCUACAUUGAUUCAUCCUCAUUUGAUUUAUUCCAACGAUAAACUUCAAAAACAGCCUCGUACUGCACCGUUCAGAUAUUGACAGCCGGUUUCGAGGCGAGGUUUCACAAGGAGGAGAAGUGUCAAGGCUGUGUGUGUGUGUGUUUUGGUUGGUAAAAUGGAUGCGGGAAUAGAGAAGGAGUGCAGCGCUUUGGGAGGGCUCUUCCAAACCAUCAUGAACGACACGAAGGCGAGUUAUCCUGCCUGGGAGGACUUUGUCACCAAAGGUACUAAGCUGCAAUCACAGCUGAGGACAACAAUCAUCGUAACUAGCUCAUUCCUGGACGCUUUCCAGAAAGUCGCUGACAUCGCAACUGGAACACGAGGAGCGACAAAAGAGAUUGGAUCUGCCUUGACCAGAAUGUGUAUGAGACACAGAAGCAUUGAGAACAAACUCAAACUGUUCACCACGGCUCUAAUGGAUAACUUGAUCUGUCCUCUGGAAAUGAAAAUAGAAGAAUGGAAAAAAGUUGCCAGUCAGCUGGAUAAAGAUCAUGCCAAAGAAUACAAAAAAGCACGUGCAGAUAUCAAGAAGAAAUCUUCAGACACAAUUAAACUGCAGAAGAAAGUUAAAAAAGGUAAAGAUGAUGUGCGCAUGCAGUUGGACAGCGCUCUUCAGGACGUCAACACGCGCUACGCUGUGUUGGAAGAGACCGAGAAGAGAGCCGUGUGUCGAGCACUUGUAGAGGAAAGAGGAAGAUUCUGUUCUUUCGUCACAAUGCUAAAACCUGUCCUGGAUGAAGAAAUAAGCAUGCUUGGAGAAGUCCAUCAUUUGCAGACGAUUCUAGAAGAUCUUGGUAACCUGACAGCUGAUCCCAACACUUUGCCCCCUGCUAGUGAACAGGUUAUUCUUGAUCUUAAAGGCUCAGACUACAACUACUCGUAUCAGACUCCACCUGCGUCUCCUAGCAACACGCUGUCACGCAAGAGCAGCAUCAGUAGUAACUACACCUCUGUGCGUCAUGUUCCCUCUCUGGACUCCAUCUCCAGUGCAGUGGAUGGGCUUCAUCUGCGAGCACCUGAUGCAUCACAGGAGAAGAGCAGUGUUAACAGUCAACCAUGGCAAGGUCAGAUCACUCCUGGCACAGAAAAUGGGACCUCCAUGCCCCCUCCACAGAAACCUUACAGCGGGCAUGAGGAGAGAGCCAGGACACUGUCCACCUCAGGAAAGCCACAGACAGCCAGAGAGCAGCUGAGUCUUACUCUUGGAGGUGGGUUUAAUUCAGAUGCUCCUCGAACCAGUCAAGAUUCCCUCCACUGCUCUAGUGGAUACAGCACACAGACAACUACACCAUCCUGCUCGGAAGACACAAUACCUUCACAGCAUGAUUAUGACUAUAUCUCUCUGCAUGGUGGAGAGGACUGCCACAGUCAGUCCGAUUUUGAUAAGUCAUCCACAAUCCCUCGCAACAGCGACCUGAGUCUCAAUUACCGCAAAAUGUUUCAAAGCAAGCGUCCAGCGUCCACCGUCAGUCUGUUGAUGGAUCCGGAGCCUAUCGGGCCGCACACAGCCACUAUUCGCCGCAAACCCUCCAGUAAACCCAACAUCCGUCGUGGAACCAUCAGUGGAGGAGUGCCCAUACCCAUCUCAACACCACAGGUGCCGCUGAAGGUGUCAGUUUCUAGCACCGGUCUGAGUGGCAGUGAUGAGACCGUUUGUCCUUCUGGGCUUACACAGAAUAACAGGGCGCCUGGCUCAGAUCUGACUCACACCACACAUAAUCUCUGUACGUCCACCAAGAGUCUGAGUGCCAUGCCACCUCCAUACUAUUCCAUGUUCCCUGGGCAGCCACCGGUGGGCAGCUCAGAGCAGCUGUAUCAGAUGAGCAAGCAACAACAGUAUGCACUGCACCAACAGCAACAGAGGCAAUAUCAACAACAGCUGCAGCACCAAUAUAUUCAACAACAUAACCAUCAACAGCCACAACAACACAAUCAACAGCCACAACAACACAAUCAACAACAACAAUAUAAUAAACAACACCAAUAUAACCAACAGCAGCAACAAUAUAAUCAACAACAGCCACAACAGUACAAUCAGCAACAACAGUUUAAUCAGCAGCAGGAGCAGCAAUAUCAACAACUGGUACAUCAGAAGGAGCGACAGCAGAAGUUGAAACAACAGCAGCAACAACAUGAAAAUCAACAGCAGCCACAGAAUAUUGCUACUCACAAUUCCAGCAUGCCACUUGCAAGUGGUUCACUUAAAUCCGACCAGCCUGGCUUGGAUCGUUCCAACGAUGUUCCUGAUUCUAGCAGUGGAGGAGACAUGUUGAGCAUGAUCCGUAGAGUCAAACUUCGCCGGACACUUACCAACGACCGUUCGGCGCCUUUCAUCACUCCAAACCAUCUCAACUGAUUUCUGUUCAAAUUCUUUCAAUUCUUCUGUUUUUUUUUUAAAUAAUUUCCCAUUUCUGAAAAAAAAAAAUUAUUUAACAAGACUUUUUUCAAGCCUUUUUUUUAUUGUUGAGGUUUGCACACACUUUUUUUUUUUUAGGGGAGGCACAACUGUUGACAAAUGUACUACUCCUGCCACAUGAAAAGACUUUUUGAUUCUGGAAAAUCAAUUUUGAUUUAACUACACUGUGCGUGAACAAUCUUUUUUUAAACCAAUGUUAUUGCUGCAGUGUCUGUGUGAAUGUUGCUUCUCAACAAAUUAAAAUUUUAUUCCACAGGCCGUGUGCCUAACGCAAUAUAUACAGAUAUAUAUAUAUAUAUAUAUAUACACAUACAUACACGUAUACGUGUAUAUAUAUAUACAUAUGUAUGUGUAUGUAUGUAUAAGUGUGUGUGUGUUUGUGUGUAUAUAUAUAUAUAUAUAUAUGUAUUUAGCUAUAUAUGUAUUUAGAUAUAUAGAUCAAGCAUUGGAGCUUAAGAUAUAUAGACCUUAUUUGUUUGUUGUAUUUGCAGAAGACAACAGCACUCAGCCUUUAUUAAUUGUGGUUGGAGAUCAAAAAGUUCUGUAUAUAUUAGCAAAACUGGCUGUUAGGCUGUUGUAUUAUUUUAGUGUUUCGGUUUGUUUUAUAAAUUAGUUAAAGCAGCACUAGGCAUCUAUUUUUGUACAGUUUAGGGUAACAGAAAACUGCACCACUGCCUUUAAUGCGCCCAAUUACUGGACAUGCAGUGCAGUUGCAAUUAAUGCAGCCCAUGAGAGGAAAGGAGGGUGGGAAGGAGAUGAGGUGGAUGAAUGAAGGACUGGAAUAGUGGAUCAUAUUUGUGUUGCUUAUGAUGACUGUGAGAGCUUACGAGGCAUCACUUUAGUUAUUUAUUCAACCUGUUUGAUUCUGAAUCAUUUUUAAUCAUUUGUUUACCAAAUCUUGAUGCAGUUGCCCUAUAAAUGCAUAUAAACCUGCUCUCCUGGAUGAUUCGGUAUAAAGAUUUUGACGCAUUUUGACUUGUUUUGAAAAACAUUUUUGUUUGUUUUGUUGUUAUACCUGGAAAAUCUGUGAUUCAAAACAAUGGCAAAAAUAGCAUGUCUGAUGCAUAGAUUUUCUUAAACACAUUUUGAUUUUACCUGAAAGAAGAAUAUUUUGUCAAAGUGCCCCCUGUUCCUCAAGUAUGCAAAUAUAAAGCUUAUUUAAUGAAAAUGGAAAGCAAUAGAAUAUUAACCUACUUAAUGUCCCAAAUCUCAGUAAGCAACUUAAUCCAUCUUAAUGAAUCAUUCUAACCCUAAACCUCAAUAAGAAGCUAACAUUAUUCACACAAGGGGAAUCUAUACAGCUUUUUAUUGCCGUUUUGACAAACGCUUCUCCUAAAAAGAGAUCUCUGAGGACGUUUGGUGUAAAUGUUCACAACUGAACUAGCAGUUCUGUUCUUUAUCAGAGUAUUUUUAUAUUAUUAUUUGUGUGUUACUUUAACUUUACAUUUAAGACUGUGCCUAGUCAGGCCUUAACUGAAAUAUCUUCAGGCAUUUGAUGAAUGUUAUUUUAAAAGCAAACUGUAAGCCUAGUUCAGAUACGUACCCCAUUUUUAGGUUAAUCCUUUUUAUUGAUUUUUCUAAAUACAUUUCCUUUAGAGUUUGUUGUUGGUGUGGAUUACCCCGAAUUUUGUUGCUUCAUUGUAAUGCACUUGUGCUAAUAUUAAUUUUACUACGCUUCCCUCUUGUUUUCUUAAAGGAAAGCCAAUGCUGGACGUUUGCUUUCAAGCAUAAAAGUGCACCACCAAUGCUAUGGUUUUCAUUGCCUUUUAACAUUUUAAAUAUCAGGUUCAGUACAUCAAGCAUCAUUUUUAUAACAUCUCACAAUUAGAUUUUUGACAUCGUAUUAAUUCUUAAAGGUGUAGGUCACUCAAAAUUGAAAAUUCUGCUAUCGUUUACUCACCCAUAUGUUGUUUUUAACCUUUAUGAUAUUUUGUUAGGCGGUUUGUUAAGUCUCUAACACCAUUCCCUUUUGUUGUAUAAUUCUUUCCUCCAUACAAUGAAAGUGAAUGGUGACUGAGACUAUUAUUUCACCCAAGAUCUCAUUUUGUGUGCUAUGGAACAAAAGAAAAUCAUAUAUGAUUCGAACAACAUGAGGGUGCGUGAUGUUAUUUAAUUUGUUUUUACAAUGAAUAAUACAAAAAUUGCAUUGAUGAGACUAAUGAGCAAUAUCACAAGAGCAUAAGUGCUGUUGUACUGGGUAUCAUUAUAUUUUGAGUAACUUGUAUGUUAGACACACUAUAACCAGGUAGUUUUUUUUCUGCAAUGAUGAAAACCGUUCCAAACUAAACCAAGCCACUUGUCCAAUUUAUGAAGCCCUACAGAGGAGAGAGGCCUUUUACUGUAGGAGCUUGAAUAUUAUUUUACCCUCAAAGGUGAGAUGACCAAGAUGUUAUUUUACUAAAUGUGCAUUGUUGUUAGUGGCAGCCAGAACAGUAAUGUCUGAGGUUUUUAAUUUGUGAAAAGGAGACUUUCACUUGUUUUCCUUUCUGAGAUACAGGUUGGUUUAACCCUAGCGAGUGUUGCCUGCUAUGGUACCGUGAUUUAUCCUUUAAGUGCUGUUCUGAGUCCAGGUAUUUAUCAUGUUAAUAAUAAAAACCUACAAUAUUUUUCAUACAGUUGUCAUUCACAGGAGGGUUCAAUCCAUUAUGUGUGUUGAGAAGGCCUUUGUUAGUGGUUGAUUUGAGAUUUAUGCUACAGUACUGACGUUAAGAGUGUGCAUGUGGUCUCUGAGGUGAUUGAGCAGAGAAUGUUUGACCCCUGCUGUGUGUGCGAGUGUGUGCGCUAGAGAGUUGAUCUCUCAAUGUUUAGAUAGCUCUUUCUCUGUGCGACAAUAUGUUUCUAAUGUCUGUAGUCAAUGCUGAAGCCUCAAACAAAAUGGAAUGUGGGUUUUAAAAUAUACCAAUGUUGAA